UCUGUGUGUCAAUAAACAAAAUGAUUAAGUUUAUUUUAUUGCUAAACAUUUUUAAUGUGUGUUCAUCCGACGUUUUUACGAGUCGAAUAAAUCAUAUGGAGUACUAUAGGAACCGAACUCGUCCCUCGAAAGCCUUCAACAGUUUCUCGACGAACUAUUUCAGCCAGAAUUCAAUAAAACCGGGUAAAGAAAAAGUGAAGUGCGGUACGAGGACAGUGGAUUUUACUUUACGGAGAGGGAAAAUUGUUGGAGGAUCCGAGGCCCCUUAUGGGGCCUUCCCUUGGCAGGUGGAAAUCCAAAUGUUAGAUGCUGACAAAUUAACAUUUGAGCAUCAUUGUGGGGGAGCGGUCAUUGCGGAACGACUCGUAUUAUCCGCUGCACAUUGUUUUGAUAAACAGCCGCUCCAAUUGGACCACGUCAGAUUAUUAGUGGGAGAGCAUCGGUUGAAAAUGCAGGAUAAACACGAGAAUCGUUUCCUGGCCGAGAAGGUUGUACCGCAUCCUGAAUUCCGGAAGAAUGGUCCACAUAGCAACGACAUAGCCGUCAUCCUUGUGUCCCGUUCCGGAGUUCAGUUCAAUAGUCACGUCAGACCGAUCUGCUUGCCUGACAAAGCAGACACAGCCGGGAGGUGGUGCGCUGUCAGCGGCUGGGGAUAUCAGGCAGAAGCAACGGAGAAUUUUGCACCAGUUUUAAGAGCAGCAGCUGUGCCUGUGCUUGAUCAAACGACUUGCAGGAAGGAAAAAGUAUUAGGUGGAUGUCAGCAAACGAUAUUAGAUUCUAUGCUGUGCGCUGGUAUCCUAUCUGGUGGUGUUGAUGCGUGUAAGGGGGACUCAGGAGGUCCCCUAGCUUGUUACAGCAAUCGAUGGCAGUUACACGGCGUCGUUUCAUGGGGGUCCGGUUGUGCGAGGCGAGCACGGCCUGGUGUUUACACUAGAGUAGCAUCGUAUGUCGACUGGAUUAAAAGCACUGCCAAUUCAUUAGGACAAAGAAUAUAUUAGACUAUAGGAAAUAUUUAAAAUGCCCGCGCGAUCAGAAUGGUAUGCGACUUUUUGGAACUAAGACACGCACGACCAUUAAAAUGGCGUCGGCUAACUCA